AUGGCGGGGUAUUUGACUCCGCGCUUCAGGAGGAUCCGCAGCCAGAGCGAGUUGCAGCCGCGGCGGGGGAGCGGGCGGCGCCGAGACUGUGAUGGUCCUUUUCAAGCAACUCAGCUGUGGAAUAGUAUUAUACAUGCCCUUCACAAUCAAGUGGAAAUCAAAAGACGUAGACAACACCUGAAAACAUACAGAAACUGUUUCACAGGCUCCAAUGCUGUUGAUGUGGUGCUGAGCCAUCUUAUGCAAAGCAUGUACCUAAGCUGCAAUGAUAUUUCUCGGCUGAAGGGGGUCCGUGUAUGCCAAGCCUUGAUGGAUCACAAAGUGUUUGAGCCAGUUGGAGCCAAGCUUUACUUAUUCAAGAGUGGGAAAGAAACAGAGUUUGAAGACACAAACACUAGUCUCUAUAGAUUUGUAAAUAGCAGUCUUGAACCUCUUCUUCCAAGAAAGAAUAAGGACAAUGGAAGCAUAUCUCCUGAGCAAAUCUGCAAACAGAAAACGAAAAGAUGUUCCAAAACAAAGUGUGACACAACCCUUUCAAACCCCUUAGCAUUGGAAGCAGCUGAUAAAAAAAAGGUUGAGGAGCUUCUUCGAUCACUAUACGUUCAUACAUCUUUACCUCCAAAGAUCAUGGUUAAUGAACCAACUUGCCUGCUCUCAAAACGAGUAAUAGAAGAUGUCUGGAAACAGCAAACUCUGCUACGACUGCUGCAGUUAAUUGAUGUUCCCUUUCUGGAAGAUAUCUUGGUGUCUUCAGUGAAGACAAAACCAAACAGUUUUGGCAAAGAAGAAGACAUGAUUAUCUCAAAUACUUUCCUGGACAGAGAGGUUAUGUGUAGCUUAAACUUGCCCGAGCCUGACAGAUGGCUCUAUGCUGCAAUUGAAUGCUUGGAGUAUUUUCCUGACCAAUUCCUAGUGAUGGUUAGUCAGCAGCUACCUCAAAGCACUAACAACCCCAGCAGUCUGAAUACAUACAAGAAGAUUCUUUUUGAUGUUAUAAUGAAGUAUUACAGUCAAAAGAAGGACUCUCUUCUAGCCACUCAGGAUUUUGAUAUUCAUUCAGGAAUUAUAGAACUUAUAGAAAAAGGAAAAACAGAUCAAGCUCUAGAGGCAUUACAACUUUAUUUAAAACUAUUAGCACCGAAUAUUAGUGAAGAACUUCACAGGCUCCUUACAUUCCUAGCCAUUGCAUCAGAAUCUGAGGGCUACAGAUUGCAAAAACAAUUUGAGAACCGAUUUGUGAUCAUCAAGACUUGUACAAAGUUCGUCUUACAAAAUAGGACACUGUCAAAGCCACAGGCAGAACUGCUGGCUCAGUUUCUGAUGGACAAUCACUCCGAGCUCUUCAAGGCUCCUUUAACUCUCCUGGAACUAACGAGUAGGAGGCUUCAGAGUUUGCUAGAAGGGCAAGAUCCAGAUAUCAAUUCAGGCUUCACCUUCUGUCAGUGCAUUACAACUAAAGAAUAUGAAGAUCAAAAGCAACAAACCAAUCAGUAUCUUCUAGCACUGAUUCGAGAGAUGGACAAUGACCCUACUGUUCCUCUGAAGCAAAAGAAGAAAUUAAUCAAAGAAUUCCGAAAAUACCAUUCUUUUGUCUACUGUAGUGGUUGUAAAACUACAUGUGAGCUUUGUACUCCAAAUGGUUAGACUUCAAUAGUCUUUUAUUAGUCUUUUCUUAAAAGAGAGGAGGAGACACAUAAAAAUUACUCAAAAAAUGUUUUUUUUUAUAUCUUUACAUGUUCAGUUUCAGGAAGCUACAACUAUCAAAAUUACUAUGCUGCAUUAAAUCUAAUUAAUCUUUUAAGCAAAAUAUACUUAAUUACUUGUAAGUAAUAACAGCACACUGCUUGGGCUGCCCUGAGUUCAGAGUUUGCCACUUUUUUCCAUCUGUCCCACAAUCCCAUGGUUUUCUAUCUGAGCCACGUCUAUGUUCUAAGCGAUGCUUGGGUUGAUAAUCAGUAGGGGUUUUUAAUCUUUUCUAUCUUUAAUUAAGACAAGAUGAAGUUAUUAUUAAACUGUAGGUUAUGACUCCUGUGGGUAUUGUAGAAGUGUACAAAGUGUGUAAAAAUGUUGGAAGCAGGUCAGUGGGUUUUGAAUCUGCAGCAGUAACAAUUUAUUAGGCAGGGGAGCUGUGCAUGCUUGCAGUCAGUAAUUAUAACCUCUUGUUACUGCCUCCCUACUGUGGCAGGCUGAGCUGCUGCUAAUUCAAGUAAAAAGUUAGAUUUUGAAGAAACCUGAGAAAUACUUACCUUGAUUUAGAUCUUAGUAUACUUAAGUAAUUUAUUUUAACAUGAUGAUAUUUGGAUAGUGUCCAGUUAUUUAUUAUAAAUACUUCGGUAAUGUUUAUAAAUUCAUAGGGCAAAGCUAGAAGGUAUAUUGGCCUGUCUGGAGACAUUGAUGGUUAGUGCUACAACAACAAAGAAGUCUUGGUUCAAAUCAUUAAAUCAUGGAAUUACAGAAUGGUUUGGGUUGGGAUGAAUCUUAAAGAUUAUCUAUUACCAAACCGCCAGCAAUGGGCAGGGACACCUUUCACUAGACCAGGUUGCUCACAGCCC